GGCACGACGUCGCGGCGGCCACCAUGGUGGCCACGUGCCUGCAGGUGGUGGGCUUUGUCACGAGCUUCGUGGGCUGGAUCGGCGUCAUCGUCACCACGGCCACCAACGACUGGGUGGUGACCUGCGGCUACACCAUCCCCACCUGCCGUAAGCUGGACGAGCUGGGCUCCAAGGGGCUGUGGGCCGACUGCGUGAUGGCCACGGGCCUGUACCACUGCAAGCCCCUGGUGGACAUCCUCAUCCUGCCGGGUUACGUGCAAGCCUGCCGCGCGCUCAUGAUUGCUGCCUCGGUUCUGGGUCUGCCGGCCAUUUUGCUCCUGCUGACGGUGCUCCCCUGCAUCCGAAUGGGCCACGAGCCUGGCGUGGCCAAGUACAGGCGGGCCCAGCUGGCUGGCGUUCUGCUCAUUCUGCUGGCUCUCUGUGCCAUCGUGGCCACCAUCUGGUUCCCCGUGUGCGCCCACCGCGAGACCACCAUCGUGAGCUUUGGCUACUCCCUGUACGCGGGCUGGAUCGGCGCGGUGCUGUGUCUGGUUGGGGGCUGCGUGAUCGUCUGCUGCUCCGGAGAUGCCCAGUCUUUCGGUGAAAACCGUUUCUACUACGCUUCGGGCUCCAGCUCUCCCACUCACGCCAAGAGCGCCCACGUGUAAGCGCGCUGCGGCUCCACCCAGGUGCUGUCGAUUGGGGGGCCCCCCGGGCCUUGGGUUUGCUUGCUGCAGUGUGUGUGUGCGGGGGAGGGUAAGGCGGGGAGGGCUCCCCUUGGGCCAGGCACCAAAGCCACAGAUCCAGAGGGCACCCCGCCCGGCAUGAUCUGUAGUCUUCGCACCUCUCCGCCCCACCGCCCCUUGGGUUGCCUUAAGAGAAAUUUCUAGUUUAGGUCACGUCCAUAGUAUAGUUUUCUCAUGUUCUCGCUCCUCUUCCUUUUUUUUUUUUUUCUCUCCCUCUCCCUUCUUGGACGUUCCUUUGUUGUUGAUUAAAAAAACACACGACUAUUUCGUUUCUCUCUAAAUACCUUGCAAACAUUUGCUGAAUCGGGUGUGGAUGGGGAGAGAAAUAAAAGACCACGUUUCCAGCCGUUACACAGGACAAUGGCCACCUCGGAAGACCUGUGCAGCCCAG